AUAAUCUUUUUGUCUCUAGAAAUGACUCUUUUCCUUGGCUGUCUUACCAUCUGCAAGGCUAAAAUUGCCCAAACACUCCAAAAAGUAAUAGCACACCUCUCCCCACCAAGUCUCACUAUCUGAGGUAUGAUUAAUGUUCACAGCACAAAAGGUUGCGUUACUUUUCGUCCCUACCGUCAUCUCAAAUUUUAUCUGAUAUUCUAGAUGACCAUUUGGCACCGUAUGCCUGAAUACACUUUUCAACACAACUGCUUGUUUUGUGUUAAACCCUUCAGUUUUUCCCCCAAUAUUUCUCAUUAUUAUACAGUAGUUCUUGUUCUUGAGUUCCUACCUACAAAAUAAUGAGAGCCUUUGUUUGGGACAAGCCUCGCAGGAUGUUUUGAAGAAUCAUUAUAGAAAGGUAAAUUAGAAUUUCAAACUUGCUGACACAGCCCCCUGGUCGAUUCGUGAUUUGAGGAGACUAAAAUGAAACUGAAUACAGGAGACUGAAGCAUCUCUUGCACAUAAUUAUGGUUAGGGUGAGCGGUUUCCUUAUGUACUUGCAUCUGUUUUUGAUUCAUUACCGAUCUAAAUGGGAUAAUCUGGUCUGCUUCUAUUGCUGCAGAGCCGGCACAUUCAGGAUUCACGAGCCUGCACUGCAACACUGAAUUGAAUUAAUUUGCUUCCCCAACUGAGGUUGCAAGUGACUGAAAAGAUUUGAGCAGAGAGCAAGCUUGAAAGUGUACAUGAAUUGAUGUGUCUUUCGGAAGUAGGACAAGUGACAGGACAAGGGUGAGUGGGACUAAAGAGUAGUGUGUGUACGGUAGCAAGAAUGAAAAAGGUGGGAAGAGUUAUGGAAGGGAGAUCAUAGAGAAUGAAUGUGAGUGUUUUAGGGAGAGUGAAUGAGGGAGAGAGAGAGAGAAGGGGGAGGUUUCCUAAGUGCUUGUGCAUCAGUGACUGAUAGAGGACAACAUUGCAAGAGAGGUGUUAAGCAUGCAUCCGUCUCUAGUGUUAUCUGAGCGUGCUCAGAUGGGGUAGGAGAUACGCUGCACGGUACGAGGGCACAGUGGGAAAAGCCUGGCAACUCUGUGGAAGCUUUUUAUAGACAUAUGGAGCAGCAAUAAAUCCCAACGACAUACAUUCUGGACAAAGCCUCAAAAGCCAAGAGAAGACAAGAUACUGAAAUUUUGGUGUGGGUUAGCUGAACUGGAUAUUCAGUACUCUCUUUGUCUCAGGGAGAUGGUUCUUCAUAGCAGUAUCUGUCAGGAUUGCCUCUGAGAGAAACAAUCUUUGGCUCGUCCUCCCAGGUGCCAUUCAAAUCGGAUGUGAUCUUUUUCUGCCAGCUCGAUUGGCAAUGUGACUUGUUCUUACCAUUCUUAGUGCACUUUUUGGAUACACAUAUUGUUUACAUCAAAUACUGAUGGCUCCUGCACUGAAGGCUUUGUCGUCAACAGAAAACACACUUUAUGGUAUACGUUUUUGAGAAAGUGGAGUUGCAGCAGAGGAUGCAUAUGUGGAUGUGGAGAAUCGGUAAAACGAUUGACAGACGUCCCACAUAAGGAAGCAGACUGACUUUCGGGAUGUCACAAACCUCUCAAAAUAGAAGCUCAAAAGGGUGUUUUAUUUAUUUAUUUAUUUGCUAGCUGUCUUAAGAACAAAGCUUCUUUCAUGCCAAAAAUGAUACCAUUUGAUUUCAUUUCAACAUCAUACGGAAAAGAUCAAAGCUUUGCCGAGAACUAUUUGUUUCAGUGCUGAAACUAUUCCAAUUUUCUUGGUGCUCUUUCUUUUUGAAAGUUUUCCUUUUGAAUUUACUGAGAAAUACUAGAUAUUCCUUGACUGAUUUUAAAGUUUCUUAACAUCAGCAAAAAUAGAAAUAAAAAACUAUGCUAAGAUGUUUGGAGCAGAGAAUGGGCCUUUCAUUCAGAUAGGGUCAAACAACACUGUGGUGGGCUUCAGACAUGAAGACCAGUGUCCAGUCCCCUCCUGGCUGCCGCUGCUGCUGCUGUCGUCCCUAUGUGAAGGAUGUUUCACGGCACUGUGCUAGGACCACUUGAACCGAGCCAGAGCCCUGACCGGAGAGCAGAGAUCCGAAGGCACAUUAAGAUGGUCAUGGAACAGCUGGAGGAAGUUCUUGCUGAGCUCAAGAACGUGGCAAAAGAGCUCCGGGAGGUUGUUGCACAGAUUGACAAGUUAACAUCAGAUAUUGACCUCGACUCAGACGAUGACCUGACACUAGUGUGUUGCAACGAGGACCGUGGUGACCUCUUGCACAAUGAGACAUUAUCCGACAACCACUUACUACACAUCCCUCUGCUAGACACGGUGUGUAACCCAACCACAGCCAAGAAACAAGAGCUCUACCGCAGGAGCUGUGGAGACUUGCCUGCCCUCAAUGGACCAUUAAAGGCCACAAAUAGCCCUAAAGCCUCCUGGCUCUUUGGAUCUGGAGGACGGCUCCAUUACUAUGACAAGACGCUAUAUCACGCGUUGUGCUGUGACGAUGAUGAUUGCAACGAAGAUCGAGGGGGAAUGAGAUCAUCAAGGCUGUCGUCCACCGAUUCUGUGUUUUCAUCUUCACCUCCGAGGUUUCUGACGCCCAGAUGUAAUCGUAAAACUUACUCCAGCCCGGACUCGAAGAAAAUAGCUCUCCGUAGCUGCAGUACGCAAACUGUUUCCGAUAAAAGCACACAAACACACCUCCCAUACAUUCCAGCCAAACAAAGAGCUUCAAGUGACUACAAGAACUGAAACGUUCUGCAAGCGCCCCUAACUGAAACAUCUGUCAUUAAUUUCUCACCCUCAUGCUUCUCUGAAACCAUAUGACUUUCCUUUUUUCGGCGGAAGGCAAGUGAAGCUGAAAUAUGACAAAAACAACAACAACAUAAAAAUAGUCCAUGUGACUCAAUUACUACAUUUGAAAUCUUCUGAGGUUCACAAAACCAGUCUGAAUGAUUCGUUCAUAAAUCAGAGCUACUGCACUUUUAUGAUAUUUCAACAAUAUUUUCAUGUUGCUUUUGUCUUUUUAAGGCUUAAAUCAUGAAAAAGUGUGAUUGAAAUCUCUCUUUGUGUUCCACUGAAUGAUAAAAAUGUCAGCAAAAAGACAUGAGUGUGAAUAAAUGAACAUAAUUUUCAUUUUGUGGUGAACUAAUUAUUUAAAUAAGUUUGAAAUGUUUGUGAAGUGUGUCAUCUGUAUUUAUGAAAUGUUUAGGUCGAUGCUUAAUGAUAAUGAAUUACUGCCAUGGAAAAACCUCUGUUCUCAUGGAGUUUGCAAAGAACAAUUUAAACAUCAUUUGGAUUCAUUAUGAGGGAUUAUGCCAAUAUCGAAACAAUCAUGCAUCUCGGCAGAACAUUAACCCCAGUCCAAAGCCCCCUAAAGAGUGAGAAUUGGUUUCAGUCACACCCACACUGCGCAGAAAAUAGACAGAGUUAAAUUAAGCGAGUGGUACACUUCCCCAAAGAAUGUGCUUUAUAUUAAGCUGUUAUUUCUGAAUAAAAUG